GAAAGAAGAAGAAGCAGCAGCGGCUCAGGAAGUACAGAUGUUUAGUAGAUUUUCGUUGCUGAGGGAAAAGAAAAGCUUCUGUCUUCCGGAUUUAAAGUCUGUUUUGGCUUUAUUGUAAUAAGGCAGGUGAUGGCAGAGCCAAAGGUUUGCACCAUUGAUGGGAAAUUAGCUGAAGAAUUUGCUGUUCCUUCCCAUGUGGAUGAGGUGAAAGAGAAGAUGACUGCUUUUGCCAGACAACAUGAGUCUGCAGGCCGCCGAGUGGUUCUAAUCACAUCUGGAGGCACCAAAGUCCCGUUGGAGUCUCGCACCGUGCGUUUCCUUGACAAUUUCAGCAGUGGAAGGCGAGGAGCUUCCUCAGCAGAGUACUUCAUUGAGUCUGGGUAUGCCGUUGUCUUCCUGCAUCGGCAUCGCUCCCUCUACCCGUACAGCCGCACAUUCUCAACCAUAAACGUUCUUGAUGCUCUGCAGUUCAAAAGUGAAAAUGAGGACUCCAGUGUUUCUGGUGAGCUGGUGGUGAACCAACAGGUGCUUCCGAACAUUGCUCAAGUCCUAAAGAGAUACCAAGAAAUGAAAGACGCUGGACUUCUUCUGCCCAUUGAGUUCAUUACUCUGUCAGAGUACCUGCACCUCCUCAAAGCAGCAGCACAGGCACUUAGCACGAUAGGGUCAAAGGCCAUGUUUUACUUGGCUGCAGCUGUAUCUGAUUUUUAUAUCCCAGCAUCAGAGAUGCCUGAACAUAAAAUUCAGUCUUCUGACGGACCCCUUCAGCUCACCAUGAAAAUGGUCCCGAAGAUACUCUCCCCCCUGGUGAAGGAGUGGGCACCCCAAGCAUUUGUCGUAUCCUUCAAGCUGGAAACAGACAAAACCAUUUUGCUGGAAAAGGCUCGACGGGCUCUGGCCACCUACAGACACCAAGCAGUUGUGGCCAAUGUUUUGGACUCUCGGCGGGGUUACGUGGUGAUAGUGACCCAUGACACGCAGGUUGAGCUGAUCCUCACGGACGAGGAUGUUAUGAAGGAUGUGGAGAUAGAAGAGAGAAUAGUCAGUAACCUGACAUUAGCACACAGCCAGUUCAUUUCUUAGCAUCUUCGCUGCAUGUCCCCUCUGUGUGUUUAUGAUGCAAAUACAAAUGUGAGCUUUAACUGUUUGCACUCAUACCUGCCUGUUCUACUGACUGGCCACAUUGUGUACUAAUUAGACUGUAUGGCUGUAGAAUCUUGCUUUACCGUCUCCUCUCAUGUUUAAUUAUAGAAUGAGUGCACUUCAACACAGUGUUCCUCUACUACAACAACAAUACAGUUUACUGAAAUCUUUUUCACAAGUUUAUUCAUCAUGAGCAAUAUAGCAGAACUGAAAUGAGAUGUCGGCUUUAUGCAAGAACUGACUGGCGUCCCACUAAUAAAAGUACAGUGAAAUGAUG